UCGUCGGGGUGGAGCAGCUCCGCCAACACAAUCGGCCGAUGUAAAAAUGGAGCUCGGUGUCUGUCAGCGAUAGAAAAUGAACUGUCACGUAUCAGCCGUCGCUGUGCUCGUUCGUUGGUCUCACUAAUUGACACAGUAACGGCAGACAACGGCGGGCAGAAAUCGCCUGUAUGGCGGGUCUGUCUUAUUUAGUGCUCCGAUUUUCGGGCUCCGCUGGUCGGACUUACGGAGUGUUUUCCAAAGGCUUGACGAGGACUUUGUUGAUAUUUUUUGAUCUCGCAUGGCGACUGCGAAUCAGAUUCCCCUAUAUUUACCUCGUCGCUUCGAUGAUGUUUAAUGUCAGAUUACAGGUACACAUCGAAAUCCACUGAUUCCUCAAUGCCCGCAUCUGGACUUAAAACAAUGAAUCGUGAGCGCUGCCGUGUUUCAGCCCUCUUCAAAACAAACUGUCCGCCACCGCACGGCGAUGUGGAGGAUGAGGACACAUCAUUCUGCGAGCUGGUGUGACGACGCAGCAAAGCGACACUGCCGGCCGGCCGGUCGGCCCUCGUCACACGAGCCCAGUGCCUUUGCAGGGGAGAGGACGGCAGCGACAUCCGCGAAAAUGAGCCGCGGCAAGCAGCGUGAGGGUGAAAGCAUGCCUCACGAUCACCCGUUUAAGCUGCCACCUGAGAUCCAGGAGCCGCUCGUCAUGUCCCUGAGGAUCGUGUCAGAUGAAGGGUGCGCCCUCACGCCGCCUUCUCUCUCGGGAUGUCGGGGACUUUUCUGUGAAAACACAUGAUUGUUACUGUGGAACUUCGUAGCUACUCUUUUAUUGUCUGACCCGUGUGUUUAUUGGGUGCGUAGUGUAAACAUCUCACUUGAAUUUAAAGAGUAAAUAUCUGCACCACAUGACACUAACGAGCAUGGUUGUCAUCCUCUGUGGCUUGGACUCUUGAUCUGCUGUGUGAUCGGUACUUGAUCUUUCAGCAGAGGUUUAGUGAAGGCUUAACAAUACAGCUACUUUACAGUCCGUCUCAAAGGGAUUCACUGCAUGUCCUCUUUGUGUUCAUACGCACACGUCGUCACACUCGCUGUUGUGUUUCUGCAUUCUGUAUCAGUGACACUCUGGAAAGGUGGAAGGUGAAAAAUGUUGUUUUUUUUUAAGAGUUGCAUUUGUCACAAGUUUUUAUUUCUGUGAAAAAAUGUGCGCGUGGGGUUUUGGUGUCACAGAAUCGAGGGUAAGGAUCGUUGAAUGU